AUGAUGUACCUGCUCAGAUUUGGCUAUGAAGGAACCGACGGGCUCCUUUCUCCUUCUGGUCUGGAGAUAAGUGCUGCAGUCAUGACUGUCAGGCUCCUGCUGCUGAUAAUGACCCUGCUGACUUUCACAAAUGAUGUUUGGAUGCUACCGGCUCCUAGCAGUGUUUUUAUGGAGUCUGUCGACAUGAGACACAUGCUGAGGUGGCCCCCCCUGCAGGCUUCAUGCAACACUACGCUUCUGUACUCUGUCCAGUAUCAGGGAGAGUUUGAGCUGGAGCAUCAGAACGGCAGGUGGAUGGAGGCUCCAGAGUGCCAGCGGAUCACGCUCAGUCACUGUGACCUGACCUCUGACCUGGGAUCAGACUCUGACUACAACAUCCGGGUCAGAGCGCAUUGCGGCUCGCAGCGCUCCGCCUGGACCAAACUCAGCCCUCCCUUCAAUAGGAGACAAACCAAACUGUCGGUACCAAAGAUGACAGUGAUGUCAGCAGGCGACGCCAUCCAGGUGUCGUUUGAGACACUUCCUCUGACGUCAACCGUCGAUGUGACCGUUUGGAAAAAAGGCGAAAAGCUGCAGGCUGUCGUGCACUCGAUGCCCGCUGAGGAAGAGGUGCUGCACAUCGCCGCCCUGCAGGAGGGAGCAGUGUACUGCGUCAGAGCUCAGACUGUGCUGAACUCAGGGUUUCGCAGCAACAGCACUGACACCCAGUGUGUGUCCAUCAUAGAUCCAGAUGCUCCUGCCUGGAAGACGCCCACCACCCUGACGGUGACGGUCAUCAUCAUGGCGGGACUCCUGUUUGUUUUAUUCUGGUCCAUCGUUCACUGUCGUCCAGAAACCUGUAAAACACAUUUCAAUAAAGAGCCUCUGCCACAGUCUCUGAGAGGUAAUUGGGACAUUCAAAUCCCAAUGAGCCCUCAGGAGAAGGAGCUUUGUGACCAGAUGGUGAUGGAGCCAACCUCAUCACAGACUGAUGCUGCACUGAUAGCCCAUCAGGAGGACUAA